CCCGCCGGGGAAGGCACCGGGGCCAUGGGGGCCGGGUUCGGCCUGGGGCUGGGGCUGGCCCUGGCCUCCAGCGCCUUCAUCGGCGGCAGCUUCGUCCUCAAGAAGAAGGGGCUGCUCCGGCUGUGCCGCCGCGGCCGCGCCAGGGCAGGGCAAGGAGGGCACGCGUACCUGCGGGAAUGGCUCUGGUGGGCAGGGCUGCUGUGCAUGGGAGUUGGAGAAGCUGCAAAUUUUGCUGCCUAUGCCUUUGCCCCUGCAACACUGGUAACUCCAUUGGGUGCUCUAAGUGUCCUUGUUAGUGCAGUUCUGUCUUCCACCUUCCUCAAUGAGCAGCUGAAUGUUCAUGGGAAGAUUGGCUGCAUCCUGAGUAUCCUGGGCUCCACUGUGAUGGUGAUCCACGCUCCGCAGGAAGAAGAGGUUUCCAGCCUGGAGUCAAUGGCAGAGAAGCUGAAAGAUCCAGGAUUCAUUGCAUUUGCUGUUUGUGUCCUGGUGAGCUCCCUUCUGCUUAUCUUUGUGGCUGGACCCCGUUAUGGACAGAGCAACGUGCUGGUUUAUGUUUUGGUCUGCUCUGCCAUUGGCUCACUGUCUGUAUCCUGCGUCAAAGGCCUGGGCAUUGCCCUCAAAGAACUGUUUUCUGGGAAGCCAGUCCUGAAAGAGCCACUGGGCUGGGUGCUCCUGGUGUGCCUGGUGAUCUGCAUCAGCAUCCAGAUCAACUACCUGAACAAAGCCUUGGACAUUUUCAACACAUCUGUGGUCACACCCGUUUACUAUGUGCUGUUCACCACAGCAGUCAUGACGUGCUCUGCCAUCCUCUUCAAGGAGUGGCAGCACAUGGUGCUGGACAACGUCGUUGGCUCCAUCAGCGGCUUCCUCACCAUCGUGUCUGGCAUCUUCCUCCUGCACGCCUUCAGGGACAUGCCCUUCACCCCCAGCCUCCUGCCCCUCUUCCUGCAGCCAGGCAGGGCAGACCUACAUCCCCCAUGGAGCAGUGCAGACAGACACCAGUCCUGUCAGCACCAGCCUCUGCUGCCCUCAGAGGACAAAGGUUCUCAGAGCACAGAGGAGGAGAAGUGA